AUGGCUGGUACGUCUCCAAAUGAAACCGGCCCAGAGCCGAGAUCACGAGCAAUUAAACAUGUGACCCGCGCGUGUAUUGGUUGCCAAAGGCGCAAAACCAAAUGCGAUGGAGUGAAACCACAAUGUGCAACGUGCUCCCUCUACAAGCAGGAAUGCACGUUCUCGCAAGAGAUAGACAGACGGAGGAUGGCGUCAAAGGGGAGGAUUUCCUUACUGGUAGCCUACGUGCAAGAUCUCGAGUCUCUGCUCCUUCGUCAUCAAAUCCCCCUUCCGCCUAGCAGACCAAAACACUUUCUGCCUGCAGUCUCCACGUCUUCACCAGUGGAUGAUGCAGAGCCUAUGUUGAAUGCCCCGACGCAGAAUGCAGACGACCAGACAGCAACUACAGUCGAGCACGGGAUAUCGAUUGUAUCAAACCAAAGUACCCCAGAAACACACGAUCAACUGUCCAUAUCCGGAGAAUCUUCAUACAUGAGCCCUCUGUCCGACCGGAUGGGCUCAUUGCAGAUCGCAGAAGAUGGUCAGCUACGUUUUUUCGGGCCAACGUCAAAUCUACAUAUCUCCCAUGUCGGCCCUUUCCCACUCUUCAACUCAAACAUUCGGUCCGUCCAUUGGAACGAAGCUCUCAUUUUGAAGGCAGCUGGUGUGGGACAUGAUGUAGAAGGGGAAUUGGAAGAUCAUCUCACGAAUCUCUACUUUACCUGGGAGAACCCCAAUAUCCCUUUGGUUGACGAGGCAACAUACUACCAAGAGAAAGACCGCUACCGGAGACUCAAUCAACCUAGUCAUCGGUACUCGGAGGUUUUGAAUAAUGCGAUAUGUGCUGUAGGGGCUGCUUUGACCUCUCGUUACUGCUCUGACUUACCAGAAGCCCUCGUCGACUUCUUUGCAACAAGAUCCAAAGCUCUUCUGGAGGUCGAAAUGGAUUCACCGACAUUGAGUACUGUGCAAUCCCUUGGCAUUUUGAGUGGCGUAGAGGCCCUUCUCACUAGGGAUGCUCGUGGCUGGUUAUACAGCGGAAUGGCCAUGCGCCUUGCUACAGAUCUUGGUUUGCACAUUGACGCUACCCCCUUCGCCGAACGUGGCUUGAUGGACGUGGACGAACUUCGACUCCGUAGUUCCACAUUUUGGGGUACUUAUAUUCAUGAGCGAAUGUGGAGCCUAUAUGUUGGUCGCCCUGAGUCUAUUGACCACUUGGAUAUCACCGUUCAGUUGCCCUUUCCGAGUGACUCGUGCUCAGAGGCGAACAAGACUUGGCGCCCAUACAUUGAUGAAGACCAACAAGGUACUGCUUGGGAGGUACCUGCUAGGCUGAAUGAUGUUGCUCAAGCAACAAUUGUCUUAUGUAACAAGAUGGCUUCCAUACGGAAGAUCUUGUAUUGCACACCGAGAGGGAAGCCGCUUGAUAUGAAAAAGUUAUACAUUUUUGCAGUCAAGGCAAGAAACGACCUUGCUGUUUGGCUAUCCUCGUUAUCCGAGCCGCUCGUCGUGGAUAUGAUGGACCUUGAACAAAAGCAUCUCCCCCACGUUAUGCAACUGCAUAUGCAAUUCCAUGCAGUCCGGAUCAUUGUCGACCAACCGUUUGCGUUCCAAUCCGUCGGACGAGACGGUCUGACUGGCCAGGAAAUCCAAAGCAGUCGUGAAUGCUGCCACGACGCAGCAUGGUCCAUCACAAAGCUUGUCCAGGCGACACGUCGCCACUUCUCACUCCGGCGCGUCAACAUCCAAGCUGUCCAUUCGAUAUUUACAACGAUGCUAGUCCAUGUCCACAGCGCCUUUCUGUCCCCCGACUACCAAGUCCGGGAUACAGCGCGCAGACAACUCGAGAUUUGCUCCCAGGCCCUUGGCGAGAUCGGUCAAGCGUACAAAAAUGCCCUUCGGGCUUUGGAGGUCAUCACUUCUAUCAAGUCGGAUCUUCUGCGACGAGACCUGGGCACAUCUGCGAUUGAUAUAGGUAUUGACAUGAUUGGUCAGCCUACUUCCAUGAUGUCGCUGGCUCAGGUUCCAUCACUUCUAUUUGGGGCAGAUGUUGGAUCUUCCCAUUCAUGGUCCGCUGGAUACACAGGCGGUGGAAUGCUCGAUGGGUUUGACAUCAGGCCGGAGGGCGAUUUGGAGAAGAAUGCUUCUUUCACGGGCCAACUUCCUCUUCCUGGUCAAUCAUCAUGGGAAUCGCUUACGGAAUCGCUUGUUACUUCUCACACCGCGGACCAUCCCAUCCCUUGAGGAUAGCUAACGUGAUUCCCCCACCGAAUUGGCGCCCCCCCCCCCUGAAUUGGCCACCUCUUCAAAAACGAGCAUGCUUAAAGAACUU